GGGCUUUCGAUACAGCAUGUACAACAACAGCAUCGCGACGUUGGAGCGCAUCAUGGGGACGCUUCGGUCCUAUACGGAUGCCACGAGAGUGCGGUAUGACGUCGAGACGUUGUUGCGUCAGAUCCCGUCGAUCAGUCCCCAGAACGGCGUGUACACGCACAACAAUGGAUCCACGAGCACCAUGCUGAGUCUCACUGGGACCAUCCCCAUCUACUACGGAGGGAACCAGUACAACAUUCCCGUGGAGAUCUGGAUGCCGGAAGCGUACCCAUUUGCAGCACCGACGUGCUUUGUGCGUCCCACGACGGACAUGAUGAUUCGUCCGGGGCACCCCCACGUGGACCAGAAUGGGUUGAUUGUCGUGCCAUACUCGACGAAUUGGGAUAGCGACCACAGUUUAGUGGAGCUCGUGGGGUACCACUGCUCCAUCUUUGGGGCGCAGCCACCAGUGUUUCGACGCCCAGCGAAUCAACCAGCCCCUACUCCAAGCUAUCCACCCCCACCACAGCAAACCCAACCACAGCCAAGCUACGGCUAUCAGCAAGGAGGGUACGCCAGUCCGUCGCAGCAACCACCGCAGCCAUCCUAUCAGCAGCCAUCACAGCCGUACCCUUCAUACGCUCAACCCCGUGCUGCAAACCAAUACUCGCCGUACCAGCCCGCGGUGAUUGACCCCGUGGUAAAACUCAAAGCGGAAGCAACCGAGAAGAUCCAGCACGAGCUCCAAAAGAUCUACAAACGCAUUCGAGACGAAAUCGAUGACCAAUUCGACACCCAGCGGGAGCUGUCGCACGGCCAGCAGCGCCUCGCACAUGGCCAGCAGUCGCUGGAGAAGCUCCAGGCCGACCUCACGACUGCCGUGGCCCAGGUGGAAGCGGCAGACGCGCAAGUCACGGAUUGGCUCGCGGCCAAUGAAAACCAAGACGAAGUGGGCGUGGACGACGUGUUGGUCGCUGCGGAUCCAUUGUCACAGCAGCAGUUGGAUGCGUAUGCCGAGCGCAAUGCGAUCGAAGACGCGCUGUAUUUCAUGGAUCGGGCGCUGGCCAACGGCGAGAUUGAGCUGCCGACGUUCUUGAAGGUACGAUGGUGAUGGUAUUAUUAGUGUUCUUUUGUCUAGCGAAUGUUGUUUUUGCCUUGAGUUUACAAUAUAUAUAUAUACGGCUACUCUUUUGGGUAAUAGGGUUUAAUAAACAUAAAACGACUCCGACUAUCUUAGUGGUUUUCUAAUGUGCGGAGAGUAUGAGUAUAUAUAUAUAUUCGUAUAUGACAUGGAAAUGGUUGUACUAAUAUAAAUAUAAAUAUAUAUAUAUAUAUAUAUAUAUAUAUUAUAUGUGAUACAGGAGGUGCGCAAAUUGGCCCGCAAGCAGUUUAUGAGUGUGGCGUUGAUGCAAAAAGUGCACGAUGUUCAACACACGACCACAGCGUCGCGUCGUGGCUAACACCAAACCCCACUCAAGUCUGGGUUAUUCCACGUGAAUCAGAAAUAUAUAUAUAUAGUAUACAUAUAUAUAUAUAUACCCCAACAAUCAUGAUUUUCACAGAGGAUGGAUGGAUGUACCAGCAGUACGAGUACAGCAGCAACGCCGGUGGCAAUCGCUUGGCGGCAAAUGCGGCGUCCGAGAUGACAAAGGAUGGCUGGAUGUUGGCUAUGACGUUUAGCGCCGCCAUUUUGUCGAGCAAAUCCGGC